AUGGCAAUAACAGACACCGUCAAAGACGCCGUCGGCCUCGGCGACAGCGGUCCCAAAACCCGUUCGUUCCUCCCCGUCUCCUACUCUCCACCACCACCGCCACUAACCGCACCUUCAGAAGCCACCCGCGCCGAAAUGUCCGCUGCCCGCCUCCCCCUCGCCUACAGAGAUACCUGCGCCCACCUUCUCAUACCGCUGAACAAAUGCCGAUACGAGAACUACUACAUGCCCUUCCGGUGCGUGGAUGAGAGACAUGGGUAUGAGAAGUGCCAGUAUGAGGAGUUUCUGCUGCGGGUCAAGAAGAUGGAUGAGAUGCGGGAGGCGAAGGGUGGGGAGAGGAGUAAUUGA